AUGAGUAUGGCGGGAGCUUUGAAAACCGCAUUCGCUUUUUGCGCAGCGCCAUACUUGCAAUCCGGAAGAUCAUUCCAGAAUGUGUUGUUUUGUCCGUUCGUGUCUCCGCGACUGACUGGAUGGAGUGGUCUGCCGAGCCUUCCUGGGACCUUGACGAAAACUAUCAAACUAGCGACGCUUUUGCCGGAGAUAGGCGAUGACAUCUUGGACGUGUCAUGGGGUGGUAUCACCGAAAGCCAGCGAAUUGAAAUCACACCCACAUACCAGCUCGAUCUUGCGCUUACAAUCCGCCAAGCCAUUCUGAAAGCAAAAGGGAACUUGUUUGUUGCGGCUGUCGGGCAUAUUACCAGUCCCGAAGUCGCAAGCAAUACAGUCCAGGAUGAUGAAGCAGAAUUUUAUGACCCGGUAUUGUAA